ACUCGCUCACGGCUGGAGGUUUAGCUCCCCUGCGCUGCACAAAACUCCUUCAUGGCCACAUCGAUCUUUCUUCCCCAGUCCAUGCCCAAAACGAAUCAACUCCAAAUCUUCAAAAAUCCCAAGCUACUACCAAGCACCAUCUCAUUACCAUCCCCAAAUCCCGAAUCAAAAUCCUGACUCGAGCUGACAAACACACAAUCAAAAAUCAAAGAAAUCUGGAGAUAGAAAAUCGAAGCCAUCAUCUAUCUGUGCUCACUUUGUUGCCACGAUGCCAAAACGCGACAACCUCCAAACUCGUAACACCCACCGGCCAUCGAGCUGCUCCUCCGUCUCCAUGGACGCACAUCACCAGCAAAAUCCAACCAGGAAUCGAGAUGGCAACUCCACCUGCACGCGCAGCUCCUACGAACGACGACGACGACGACUUUCUCGUAGCCCCUAUCCAUCCACCUCCCCCUCUCCUCUCUUCCUCCUCCCGCACGAAAACAACCGAAUCCCACGAGAAAAAUCAGGGGGGAAAGGCCGCAUUUUUACCACCGACUCGCUCUCUGCUCCUCCUUUCUCGUAGGACUUUGGAAAGCCCAUUAGAACACACAAAGAACAAGCAGCACCUGAGCCGAACCAAGAAAAAAAAAAUCCCCCAAAUCCCAAUCCGGUGAACCUCUCUCUCUCUGCCCACAUCUCAAAUUCAAAGAUUUCUUCUUUGGUCCGUCCCCUUCCGCCGUCUCUGCGGCGACUCGUGGGGGGAGAGGCGGCGGAGGAAUUUCCCCAGUUCUUGAAUUCGCCGCGGCGAGGGCAGGGUUAGGGUUUGCGGGGGGAGUUCUUGCCGAAUUCGCCGUGAUCUCGCCGCCCCGUCGGUGAAUUUGGGUGGGGCGGCAACGGUUCGUGAGGUAUGAUCUUCAAGCGGAGCCAGCGGUCGGAGAUCCUCUCCCUCAAGCGCUGCAAUGCCGUGAGCGGCGUCGGAGGUGGGGGGGACGAUGGGGGCGGCGGCGAGCGGCCGCGGAAGAGGCCGAGAGGUGACGAAUUCUUCCCCGUCGAGCUGCUCGGCCAUGUGCCGCCCUCCGGUAUCCCCUAUGCCACCGUCGGGUUCCGCUGGAGCGAGGAGCCCGAGGUUGCCUUAGCAGCUGGCGCUACGCAGACGCCCGCCGCCGCAAGCCCGCCUGUCGUGCGCACGUCGCGCGGGCGUGCCCUGGUGCGGCCCUCGCGGUUCAGUGACUCGGUGCUCAUAGACCCCUGUAAGAAGGAGAAGCCGGUCAAGCCUCCUGCACCGGCCAAGGUCGAGCAACUUAUUCCAAAAAACAAGGUGCUACACCGUAAAGGUCCAGUCUUUGGUAGGAGUUCCUCAUUGUCGGAGGUGGAUGAGGAUGAGGAGGCAGAACGUUACAGAGUAUGCCAGAAUUUUGUUACCUCCAGGAAGUACUCUAUGUCCCUGAGCACACUCACCUCCUUGCACGACCAACCAUACAGCUGUUACCAUCGAAAGGAGCUAUUGGAGGAGCGGUAUGAGGAAGAUGAAGAUGAAGAGGAAGAAGAGGAGGUGCAGGAGCAGAAGGAGUUUCUUCAUUGGAGCAAAGAGUUUCUGUAUGGCGACAUUGUGUGGGCACGGCUUGGUAAGCGGCAGCCAGUGUGGCCAGGAAUUGUUGUCGACCCAGCUCGCCAGGGUGCUGCCGAGGCAAUGCCGCCCCAACCGCGUGGUGGUGCUGUACUUUGUGUGAUGCUGUUCGGCUGGAGCACAGAGUUCAGUGACGAGAAGAAGUACAUCUGGGUGAGGCAAGGAGGGAUAUUUCCUUUUCUGGACCACAUAGAUCAAUUUCAAGGGCAGACAGAUCUAAGCAGUUGCAAACCUGGUGAUUUCCAGAGGGCAUUAGAAGAUGCUUUUUUGGCCGAUCAGGGAUUCUCAGAAGUGCUGAUAGAUGUCAGCGCAGCAGGGCAGCCUGUUGGCUGUCAAUCUUUUCCCGACGAAUUAGAAGAAGUGACUGGCUCAAAUGAACUAGAGUGCCAGUCACAGAUUAAGUGCAACAAAAGAGCAUUGCAAUGUGAAAGUUGUGGAAACUGCUUUCCAAACAAAGAUUCAAACAAGAUGGUGUAUGUUAUGGAGCAACUUGCUUGCAAACACUGUGCUAGGAUCUUGAGAUCGAAAGAGUACUGUGGGAUAUGUUUGAAAAGUUGGCAACAUAAAUGUGGCCGAAGAUGGGUCUGCUGUCAUGGUUGUGAAAGUUGGAUUCAUGCAGAAUGUGACAAAAAGUGUAGCGACCUAAAGGAUCUACAAGACAAAAGUUAUUUCUGCCCUUACUGUAGAGUUAAGCGUAACUCAAAUCAGUCCAGCAAGAAGAUGAACUGUCCUGACGAUAGAAAAGAUAAUUUUACACAAAAAGGAAGGAAGCCUAACAGAGUAGCAGUUAUCUGUUUUGACAUGGAAGGAACUUACCUACCAGAUCUUGAACUGAUUUCUUGCCAUUGUGCUCCUUGCAAGGGGCAAAAGUUUUUGUUCAAUGAAUGGGAGAGGCAUGCUGGCUGCAGAAGUAAAAAUUGGAAGUCUAGUAUUAAACUGAAGGAUACACUGAUGCCGUUUGGAAAAUGGAUAGAUAAACAUCAAGCAAGUGCUUGUUCCACAAACCCUGCGAAACGCUCGUCUCAGAAACUGAAGAAACACAAUUUACUUGAUUUGUUAAAUGAACAUUAUGAUCCUGUACAUGUAAAAUGGACAACCGAAAGAUGUGCAGUGUGUAGAUGGGUUGAAGACUGGGAUUACAAUAAGAUUGUAAUUUGUAACAGAUGCCAGAUAGCUGUUCAUCAGGAAUGCUAUGGCGUAAGAGGUAGGCAAGACUUCACCUCAUGGGUUUGUAGGGCUUGUGAAACACCUGAACAAAAGAGGGAGUGUUGUCUUUGCCCUGUAAAAGGUGGUGCUUUGAAGCCAACAAAUGUCGAUAACUUGUGGGUACAUGUGGCAUGCGCAUGGUUUCAGCCACAGGUGGCUUUUGCAAGUGAUGAGCUCAUGGAACCUGCUAUCGGGAUAUUGAGCAUUGCACCUCUGCUUUUUAUGAAGAUGUGUGUCAUUUGUAGGCAAAUACAUGGUUCUUGUACACAAUGCUACAGGUGUUCGACUUAUUACCAUGCUAUAUGUGCAUCAAGGGCAGGCUAUCAAAUGGAGCUGCACUGCUUGGAAAAAAAUGGCAAACAGACAACAAAGAAGAUUUCAUAUUGCGCCCAUCAUCGGACACCUAACCCUGAUAAUGUUUUGAUAAUUCAAACUCCUGCUGGAACUUUCUCUUCAAAACGACUUGUUAAGAGUAGUCGUACUGUAGCUGCUUCAAGACUGAUCAGGAAAGAUCUUCCCAAGGAUUCAGCUUCAAAAGUUGAAACUACAGAGAGUUUGUGUGCUGCAAGAUGCCGGGUUUAUGUCAGGAAAGAGCUAAAGAGAUCUCGGGAGGCAGCAAUGGCACACCGUGUAAGGGGAUCUUGUCAACACCGAUGGGAUGAAAUUGACAGUCUGAAUCCACCUAGGGCAGAGAGGGAUCCGGAAUCUUUUUCUACUUUCAAGGAACGUCUACAUUAUCUGCAGAAAACGGAACAUAGUAGAGUAUGCUUUGGUAGAUCAGGAAUUCACAGGUGGGGACUUUUUGCUCGUCGCGACAUUCAAGAAGGAGAAAUGGUUCUUGAGUACCGUGGUGAGCAGGUUAGAAGAAGUGUUGCUGAUUUACGGGAAGCACAGUAUCGUGUACAAGGAAAAGACUGUUAUCUUUUCAAAAUCAGCGAGGAAGUAGUUGUUGAUGCCACGGACAAAGGAAACGUGGCACGCCUGAUUAAUCAUUCGUGCACGCCGAACUUCUAUGCGAGGAUUAUGAGCGUGGGGCAUGACCAGAGCCGCAUUGUUCUAAUUGCAAAGAGAAAUGUCCGUGCCGGUGAAGAGCUAACGUAUGAUUACCUGUUUGACCCUGAUGAGGCUGAUGAUUGCAAAGUUCCGUGCCUGUGCCAGACUGCUGACUGUCGUAAAUUCAUGAAUUAGUUUAGGAUUGAUGUCAAUGGGACAUUUUCAUAGUUUUGUUUAUCUUAAAUUUUCUGGGUUCAUUGGUGGGUUGAUUGGUAUAUGUUUAUUCUUUUACCCUAGUCUGUAGCAAUAAGUUUAGUCAGCUCAAGCGCGAGCUUCCAUUCCUGUAAAUGUUACUAAUGUGUUGAUUACCAUCAGUUUUUGGUAGUGCAGCAAUUUUGAUCCUAUUUGAUUUCCAUAUCAAA